GCUCUUUUAAUAACCUAUUUUUUUCAAGAAACAAAUCGGAGGGAAUAACUUUGAGGACCUGUGGCAGCCUGGACCCGCUCGCCCUGUGGUCAUGGCCCUGCUGAGACAUGGUGUGACCGUAGGUGUAGGAGGUACCCCUUUCUGAGUUGUGGUCACUACUGGACAGAAUUUAAUUCUGCGCAAACUAUAACAAAACAGCAGUUCGGUUAUUGAUAACUUGUGACGAACGACAGUUUUCUAUAAUUUGCCAGCAUUCUUUUACACGUGUUCAGAGAAAUGACGCUGCGCUACGUAAAUGACGUUUACACAAAGAAAUCGAAACUUAACUGAGUGCAAAAAAAAAAAACGUAACUGAGAGCACGGACUUCAGAUGGUACAGCGUUAAGAUAAGGCAGAAGAUGCUGUGUAGCUGAAUCUCGACAUCUUUACAAUGGAAACUGGAAACUACGUAGCUCAACUACAUGACUAUGCAUUGAAAGAACGCCUUAGGGUGGACUAUGAGGAUCUCGGCUCUGUUGGCCCUGACCAUAAUAAAACAUUCACCCAGAGGGCAGUCCUAAAUGGUAAAUUCUAUCCCGAUGGUGUGGGAAGGAACAAGAAAGAAGCCAAACGGAAUGCAGCUAAAAACGCCCUGAAAUGCUUGUUGGAGAACAAAUAUCAGGACUCAGUUGACUCAACAGAAAAUGCUACAGAAGCUUCUGCAUCCAACAUCAACUAUAUAAGUUGGCUCCAUGAAUAUGGUCAGAAGAACAGGGUGACUAUAAAAGCUGUGGAGUCAACAAGACCCGGACGAUUUAAUGCUACUCCAUGCUGUAGCUUUGUGGUUGGUGAUAAGGAGUAUCCAGCUGUCACUGGGAAAACAAAGAGGGAAGCUAAGGCGAACGCAGCAGAGCUUGUAUAUAAUAGGAUAUGUGGCAAUAAAACUACAGAGACUGCAGAUGAGAAAUACAACUGUACAUCAACUCAACAACAGGAGGAACGCAAUCCAAAUCUCUUUGAUAUUUGUGACAAGAUAAGGCGCCUCAGUGUGAAGUCACACAUUUACAGAGACAUAGGGAGACAAACAGAGACAAAUUACAUAGGAAUUGUCAACCACUACUGUCAGAAAACAAAGCGCUGCCAUUCAUACAUUGAAGAGAGGCGAUGCGGCUCACCUGAUAACCCAAUAUUUUUCUACAAAUUGAUGAUCGACAAAAAGGAGUACCCCGAAGGUGAGGGUAAGACAGUGAAGGAAGCCAGACAAAAUGCAGCUCGGCUGGCCUGGUCUGCUCUUCAAGAACAGUCAGACUAUGACAGCAAGGUGUCCGUCAGAUCAACAGUGUCGGAAGAUGGUGCACCACCUACGUUGUCUGCACGAUCAGCUUCAUUGGAGUCACAUGACUCAUCAUCACAAUGCACACCAAUGAGCACAAGUGCCUCAAUAAUAUUCACAGAUUCAUCAACCCCUUCCAAGGUUCAGAUGCCCUUCAGUUCAGCUGGGUCUGAAGAUGAUGCACCAACUCGGUUGUCAACACCAACUUCACUUGAGUCUCUGGCAUCAUCACAAGGCAUGUCAACGAGUACAAGUGGUUCAGGAAUAUUCACUGAUUCAUCGAACUCUUCCAAGGAUCAGGAUGCUUUCAAAGACAAGAAUAGGGGAAAUAGUCCAAAUGAGUCAAGGUUUACUUCAGACUUUGAUCCAAUGGACUGUCUUGGCAAAGGAGCCUUUGGCUGUGUUUACAAAGCAAGGCAUAAACUGCUGGAUAGGUUUUAUGCUGUAAAGAUUGUCUGCCGUGAAGAGAAAUCUCUUAGAGAGGUGGGGACAUUAUCAGACCUUCACCACCCUAAUAUCGUUAGAUACUACACAUUUUGGAUGGAGGAUUCAGGAUACCAAUGGGACUUUUCAGCUAGCAGUUCUAGCUCUUACCGGCAAGUCCCGAUGCACCUUAACUUGUCUUAACUUUUUAUGUCAAGUUCAAGAUGGAGUUAUGUGACACCAAAACACUCAAAGAGUGGAUUGAUGAGAAGAACACUCAGUCUAUGCAAGACUGCAAGAGAAGAGAAGAAAGUCUAAGCAUUGCUCAACAAAUAAUUAGUGGAGUCGAAUAUAUUCACU